AUAAGUUUGAGAUAAGUCAUAGAUAUUUUAUUUGUGUGAGCUUUAUUAUCGGACUAAGGUUUGAAUCACAUUGUGAACUGAUAUUUUAUGUGAAACAAAAACUCAUAUUUUCUAUUCAACUUCAGAGCAAAUGUUUUGCUUUAUUAAGCCAUGAAGACACAGGCUACAGGGAUCUUGGCUUCUUUCUUGUGUGCAUUUAAUAUGCCUACUGAGUAGCAAUUAAACCCUUUGUUUUUAUAAAGAAUUAUAUCGUAAAUGUUAGGCUGGUUAUUAUAGCGAUACUCACAUCAAACAGUGAUAUUAAGUCAUUCACUUGUUUUUAAUCAACAACCCAAAAAAGGGACUGAAAGAUGACUAGGAUACUGUAAAUUCCGAGUCCUCGUAAACGCAUCCAAUGAAAGUGUUUUCGUCUCCACCGUCUGUUUCGUCUCGGAGCAGAGGAAAGAUGCCGGUGUAAAGAAGCUGCGCACAUGGAUGGAUGGAUAUGAAUAAUUUGGACGUAAACUAUGGAUAGGCCUGUGUUUGGGUUUCAGGAGCACCACUAUGCUUUUACUGGUGUUAACGUUGAUGGUUCCCACAGUCACAAACGCUCUGGAGGUUAUUGGAGGAAGAACGACAACGGUGCAGGGAGGAGCAGCUGUCCUCCCCUGUAAACUCAUUGAUACCACAGAGACCCUCACACAGAUUUCAUGGCAGAGAGUGACCAGAGGAAAACCUUGGACGGAAAAUUUCUAUACAAUCUCGUCUCAUUAUGGACCGAACUAUAUCAAUGGCCGUGAUGAUCGGUUUAGGUUCAUUGGGAGUUUAACAGACAAAGAGGGUACUCUCCAGUUAUCGAAUGUCAAACUGAUGGAUGAAGGCACCUACACAUGUAUGUUCACUUUGUUCCCCAGCGGGAUCCACGAGACAGCGAUACCUCUUAAAGUUCAUGUGCCUCCGGUCACAAGCCUGAAGGAUGCUCAUCCUGCUUUGGGUAACGACGAGGUGCCUCUUAUUACCUGCACGGCUGCUGGUUCCAAACCUCCUGCAGAGGUGAGGUGGCUCACUGGUACUCUGGGAGAGAAAGUGAGGCCGUCAACCAACUCCAGCCUUCAUGCUAAUGGUACGACUACCACAGUCAGCUGGCUGUUUGGAGCGCAUAAAGAGAACUCAACGAUCGUUCAGUCCAGUGUGUCAUCACCAGUCCUGCUCUAGAGAGAGAAGAAACCCUGACCUCCACCAUACAUAUCCACUCUGUAGCAGGCUGUGCACAAUACUACCAGGCCGACACAGCCGCUUUCAUUUUG